GAUGAGUCAAGGAACAAACGGAUUACCCACCGGUCAGCCACCGACAACAGCAUUUUAUCCCUACGCAAGUCUUCAUGGGCCGGACGAAGCAUAUGAUGCGAACUUUCAUAUCUUCCCGCCGGACUAUUAUGCGCCGGAGUGUGAUUAUCGAACCGACAUCCUUGACAGCAUGCGAAUGGCUCCAUCGCAACGCUCGCAACGAUUUCACAUUAGCAACAUUUUGGAGCUAAACAGUCAGCAACAUCAGCAGCAAGAACCCGCCAGCAAGGAACAACCGAACGUUACCAGUCUCUCAACAUCGACCGUACUACAGCCUCAUGUGCCUCACGCUACCACGUACCCAUUCACAAUUUCUGAGUUGGAAUCGCAACAAAAUGCUGCCAGUCAGCAGACACUUGACGUUACCGCUCCUGGGAGCUUUGCUGGACCGACUGUGGACGACCAGCCAUCACUUCCGUACGGUGCAAUAUCCACACAGAGCGCUUCCUGUUUACCGCUGCAACCCGUACUUAAUGCUUCCACUCUUGGUUCCGGUAUACCGUACGAUCCACCACCGUACUAUCCGUAUUCGCAUCACGCGCAUCACCUGUUCGGAGGAUCCAGUACCGCUUUGGGUUCGUCCGGUGUGGCGUCAGAGCCAACACGAUCCUCUUAUUCUUAUGGUGCUGUUAAUUUAGAUUAUGUUCCUUCAGUUAUCCAACACAGUGCUACAAACGAGGUGUCCAAUGCGUCCAACAGCCAGCAGCUCAGCCCAGACAGUACCUCACCCGGUCCCGAACUCUACUCAUUGGCCAGCUACAACAACAUUCCCCGCGUGGUUAACGAAGCAUCGGACCGACUGGUGGGCCUCGAGUCCGAUGGUCCUUCACUCGAUCCGGAAUGUUCCGUUGACACGAACAACAACCAACACAGUCCUCAAGACACGCCGGAUGAUCUUGACUCACCCGAUCCACGUACGAAUCGCUCCGGUGGACAUCGUGGUGAUUCCGGGACCGGUGGCAAUGGUCACAAGAAACGAAAGCGACGCAUACUCUUCUCCAAGUCACAAACAUUCGAACUGGAGCGUCGCUUUAAGCAGGCUCGCUACUUAUCCGCACCCGAGCGGGAACAUUUGGCAAGCAUGAUUAACCUCACACCAACGCAGGUCAAGAUUUGGUUCCAAAACCAUCGGUACAAAACAAAGCGAGCUCAGACGGAGAAAAGCACUUGCUAUGGAACGCCAAACGUGCUUGGUGCGAGUCCACCGAAGAAGAUUAAUCCUCCGGUGUUGGUGCGCGAUGGGAAACCGUGCCCGGAUGUGCUGCAGCAUCAGCAUCAUCAUCAGCAGCAAGCACAGCAGCAGCAGCAGCAGCAGCAGCAGCAACAACAGCAAGCACAUGCUCAUCAUCAUGCAACACCGGCACACUUUCAUCAUACGUCGUUUGGUGCGGUACAUGGGGCCGGUUUGCAGCCGCCCGGCAAUGGAAUGCUUCCCGGUUCUUCUCCACGCAUGUGGUAA